AUGAGGAGGGCGCUCCGGUGCUGCUGGGGGGAUGCCGGGCAGCCGGGGGGCGCGGACUCCCCGCGGGGCCUCGCCCACUACAAAGCCGUCACCAAGUGGCACCGGGCGGCCAGCGCGGGCGACGCGGCCCGAGUGCGGAAGAUGCUGGUGCAGGGGAAGGCGGACGUGAACGCCGCGGACAGGCACGACCGGACGGCUCUGCAUUUUGCCUGUGCCUAUGGCCACCCAAAAGUGGUGACCCUCCUUCUGAGGAGGGGUUGUGAAGUGGAUGCUGUGGAUAGCGACUGCAACACAGCUCUGAUGAAGGCUACCCAGUGCCAACAAGAGGACUGUGUGUGUAUUCUGCUGGAACAUGGUGCUAACCCAAACAGGAGAGAUGCCUGUGGGAAAACUGCCCUCCAGCACGCCGUUUCGGUGGGGAACAUCAGGAUAGCUGCGAAACUGGUGGCAUUUGGGGCCUACGUGGACAACAUCAGAAAGGAUAUCCUGUUAGAAAUUAGCAAUGCUGCCAAGGAAGAUGAACAACACAUGAGCAACACAUCAUUAAAGAAUGAAGAAGAUGAAGGCAAAGUUGAUGACAUGGAAAAUAAAUGCCGGGGACAAGAGGAAAGCAACGAAGAAACUACUGCAUCUCAUGAAAAUGUUCCCGAAGAAGAGCAUACUAAGAAACUCCACGUGAAAACACAACUUGAAACAGAUAUGAUACCACCGGAUAUGGAACUGAAUGGUUCAGAGGUAAACGUGAGUGAGGAUGAAGCCUUGGCAAUUACCACUCCUGAAAAGGAAUGUGAACACCAGAAGACAGAAACAACAUUAAAGAAUGAAGAAAAUGAAGGCGAAGUUGAUGACAUGGAAAAUAAAUGCCGGGGACAAGAGGAAAGCAACGAAGAAACUACUGCAUCUCAUGAAAAUGUUCCCGAAGAAGAGCAUACUAAGAAACUCCACGUGAAAACACAACUUGAAACAGAUAUGAUACCACCGGAUAUGGAACUGAAUGGUUCAGAGGUAAACGUGAGUGAGGAUGAAGCCUUGGCAAUUACCACUCCUGAAAAGGAAUGUGAACACCAGAAGACAGAAACAACAUUAAAGAAUGAAGAAAAUGAAGGCGAAGUUGAUGACAUGGAAAAUAAAUGCCGGGGACAAGAGGAAAGCAACGAAGAAACUACUGCAUCUCAUGAAAAUGUUCCCGAAGAAGAGCAUACUAAGAAACUCCACGUGAAAACACAACUUGAAACAGAUAUGAUACCACCAGAUAUGGAACUGAAUGGUUCAGAGGUAAACGUGAGUGAGGAUGAAGCCUUGGAAAUUACCACUCCUGAAAAGGAAUGUGAACACCAGAAGACAGAAACAACAUUAAAGAAUGAAGAAAAUGAAGGCGAAGUUGAUGACAUGGAAAAUAAAUGCCGAGGAAAAGAGGAAAGCAACGAAGAAACUACUGCAUCUCAUGAAAAUGUUCCAGAAGAAGAGCAUACUAACAAACUCCACGUGAAAACACAGCUUGAAACAGAUAUGACACCACCAGAUAUGGAACUGAAUGGUUCAAAGGUAAACGUGAGUGAGGAUGAAAAUGUGCACAUCCAAUCCUCCAAAUGUGAACAGCUGUCAAAGGAAAUGGGUGUCCUCAAAGAGGAGUUACGGCUCAUGAGAAGCGCAUAUGAGUCACAGACAGAAGAAUUUGCAAAGCUGACUCAUAAACUAUACAGGGAAAAACUUCAGACCAAGCGAUACAAAGAAAUCUCUAAGGUUUCUGCUGCCUCAGAGAAUCUGCAGAUGGGCAAAUAUCAACAGCUGCAAGAAGAAAAUAAUUUCCUCAAAGAGCAGUUACAGUCCCUGCAAAGCAAAAACGAUUCACUGGCUGAGGAGAAUACAAAGCUGAAGGAAGACCAAAAACAUCUUACUGAGAGUUGCAAGUGUACCAUAGCUAUGACAGAACAGUACAGAAUAUUCCUCACACAAAAAACGGAAAGCGAAAUAAGUGAACAAGCAGAAAAAGUGUCCAACUUUAUACAGGAGCAGAACAGAGCUCGAGCAUAUCAGGACGCUGUUUGGACAUCGACAGUGCAAGCACAACUAUCUAAAAUCUCCCAGCUAUCAAAUAAAUUACAGGAAUGUGAAAGAAAGAUUAAGAGACUGGAGGAUGAAAAUUGUAAGCUUCAUCUAAGAGUUCAUCUGUGUCAAACAUCGUCUGAAACUUUUACUACCAGGAAUAGCUUAAACAACCCUACUGAGAGAAAUUCUCAGAGUUUUCUGGGACCUCGGACGCAUUUUUCAGCAAGAGAAGACUAUGCGGAUUUGAGCCCAAGACUAAGAUCUGCAUUUGAGAAGGUGGACGCCUUCCUGAGAAAACUUUAG